CCUUUGCAAGGUUUGAAAAAUGAGGUAUAGCAAAGAAGCCAGCGAUAAAACAGGCAGAAGAGUCUUCCUCUCUCGCACAUCGCCAACUGAUUUUGUAGUCUGGAGAUGGAGGGAGAGUGGAAGGCGGAGACGAGGCGACUGUCGAUAAAGACAGGGGAGAGGAGGAGAUUCGAAGGAACGGGCGAGGAGAUAGAGGAGGAGGAGCAGCCUAUGAGUCCAGCUGCUCGGCUGUUCGGCCAAGACGGCUUCAACUGCUACAUCGUGAUGGUGAUGGGCGUGGGGAAGCCCCUCGACGUCGGAGUCAUCAAGUCCGGCCUCCAGAACACCCUCGCUCGACACCCGCGAUUCUGCAGCAUCCCGGUGUUCGAGGAAAGCAGCAAUAAGAAGCCCCGCUGGGUGGCCGCCGAGGUGUCGGUGGAGGACCACAUCGUGGUCCCAAACCUCGAUCCUGGCAGCAUCUCCAGGUCGCCUGAUCGGACGGUGGAGGACUACGUGGCUUCCCUCACCUCCACCCCGAUGGACGCCUCCCGCCCCUUGUGGGAGCUCCACAUCCUCAACUUCCCCGUCUCCAAUGCCGCCGCCGUCGCCGUGCUCCGCCUCCACCACUCCCUCGGCGACGGCAUCUCCCUCAUGUCCCUCCUCCUCGCCUGCACUCGCAAGGCCUCUGACCCCGCUUCCCUUCCCGAUCUCCCCCAACGGUUCGCCCGCCCUUCUCCGUCCGGGUCUCGCACCGUUGGCAUUCUCACGAUCUUCCUCUUGCUGCGGGCCUUCCUCAUCCUCGCGUGGAACACCCUCGUUGAUGUCCUGUUAUUCAUUGCGACGGCACUUUUCUUCAAGGACACCCCCACACCGCUCGUCGGAUCUGAAGGGGUGGAGAAUCGUCCGAAGCGAAUCGUGCAUCGGGCAGUCAGCCUCCGUGACAUAAAGGACAUCAAGAACGCCAUGCAUUGCACCAUCAAUGAUGUAUUAGUGGGCGUGACAUCUGCAGGCUUGUCUCGUUACCUCAACAGGAGAUACUGUCAAACCGCUCAUGAGGAUGGUAAGAAGGUUCAGUUCCCAUCAAAAAUUCGACUCCGAUCAACCCUCCUCGUGAACAUUAGACCGACACCUGGGAUUCACGCUCUGGCAGAGCUAAUGGAAGGCAGGGAUGGUGGCACAAAGUGGGGGAACUUGCUUGGUUACCUCAUCUUACCCAUUCCAAUCGGAAACUAUAUCGAUCCCUUAGAUUAUAUCCGCAAAGGGAAAGCGAUUGCAGAUAGGAAGAAGAAUUCCUUGGAAGCUAUCUUCACCUAUAAAAGUGCAGAUCUCAUUGUCAAAUUGUUUGGAAUUAAGGCUGCUGCAUUCCUGUGCCACAGAGUGCUCCAACACACAACAUUUUCCUUGUCUAAUAUGAUGGGGCCAAUUGAAGAAAUAGCAUUCUUCGAUCAUCCACUUGUCUUCUUAGCUCCUACUGUCUACGGACAUCCACAGGCCCUCACACUGCACUUCCAAAGUUACAAGAACACAAUGGAAAUAGUUGUGACGGUUGAUGAUACAGUGAUAGAGAACCCACACCAGCUCUUGGAUGAUCUUGUUGAAUCUCUCAAACUCAUCAAGGCAGAAAUUUUUCCGAUGUCAUGAGACACGAUAUCAAGCAAGGUGCCCUGGAACUGCUCCAUGUGUCAAUGUAUUUCAGUUUCUUUCACUAUUAUUAUUAUUAUUUUAAAAACCAUAUACUACUGUGUCAAUGUAUCACAUAUCAUUUUUAUUCUAUAGAUAUAGAUAAUAAAAAGAGCAUCUUCUUGAUGGAUGUUUUCUUUA